AAAUAAAAGAGAUACUGUAAUUAUUUUAUUCGAGCUUCAGUCUUGUUAGUGCGUACACUGCCACGAUGGGGGUGUUUAGUUUCCUUUCGAUAGUUUUGGUAUUUUUUGGGAUAUUUUUGCACCAUAUAAGUGCUAGCCAAAUACCUCAAUUUUUGGUUAAGAAAUAUGGUCUAUCACCACAAGGUUCGGGUUACUCUGGAGCUGGAGAGCAAUCACAGUAUGGCUCAGUAAACACAGGAUUUUCUAAUACAAUGGACCAGCCACCUAAUCUCGUGGAAGUACAGCCGACAUUCGAAAGCUACGGAGGAGUCAAAAAGCCAGGUUAUGGAGGUUAUGGUGUAAAAACUAUGUCAAAAACUAACUAUGGAACUAAAUUUGGUACCAAGUAUGGAACUAAGUUUGGUACUAAAACUGGAAACGGUUUUGAUACAAGUUGUGGUGAUCGAGCCCCGUCUCCAGGUAACGCCGGAAUGCGCUGCUCAAAGUUUGGUGGUUGUAAAGCGAACUGUAUUGAAAAUUAUAUGUUUCCUAAUGGAAAUACAGAGAUAAUGAUCACUUGCCAAGGUGGAGUCUGGAAGGUUGUUAAUGAACCUCUUUGGGAAAGUGUGCCUUCUUGUGAACCUAUUUGCUUACCACCAUGUCAGAACAAGGGUAUAUGUAUGGCGCCCAACCAAUGCCGAUGUGAAGAGAAUUUUUCUGGGCCUCAAUGUCAGUUUGAAAAUAAGCCUUGUCUAAAUCUGCCUCCGCUCCCAACCAACUCUAGAAGAACAUGCCGAUCAAGACAAUGUACUAUCGAAUGUAUGCCAGAACAUACAUUUCCCGAUGGGUCUUCUAUUGCUAUAUUAACUUGUCACAAUGGAAUGUGGUUGCCAGCAAAACAUCAGUGGAAGUCUAUACCUGACUGCAGACCCACUUGCUCACCUCCUUGCAAAAAUGGCGGUACCUGCCUCUCCCUCAACGUUUGUCAAUGUCCCCAAGAAUUCCGAGGACCUCAAUGUCAAUUUAGUACUUCCGUUUGCAAAGGCGAAAAUCUUCAAUUUAACGGAAUGUACAACUGCUCAGGGGACAUGGAGUCUGUUAAAUGUACCAUUGCUUGUCCAGAUGGCACUCCACUCGAGUUUACACCUGAAAGCCAAUACACUUGCCAAUAUUCUACGGGAAUAUUUGAGCCUAGUCCAAGACCUCAAUGCAUUUAUGGAUCGGGAUUCGUUGUAUACUCCAAUGUAACAAGUACUGUCCAUGGUAGUCUUCAUCACACUGAAGGACAGCAUUUCGGGAUACUAAAACCCACUGCGUUUGUACCACCUAUUAUAAUGCCGGUUGAAGUUGAUGAAGUAGAAAGACAAAUGAUCUAUCCAACACUACAUACAUACAACAACAAAGAAAACGCAGUUAUCGAUUUGGUACCAAAGCCAGGAUCUUGUUUUUCUUGGGCCGGAACACACUAUAAGACUUUUGAUGGAAAAGUAUACAGUUUUGAUUCCCAAUGUGGCCACGUUCUAGUUAAAGAUUCAGUAGAUAAUACAUUUAGUAUUAUCACCCAAAAUCAUCCAAGCUGCUACAAAAAUGAGGCUGCGGUUAAUAACUGCUACAAAAUAAUAAAGAUAUUUUACCAAGACAAAGAAUACUUUUUAAAAAGAUCAGAAAAGGGAUUGCCAAUUUUCGGAAAUUCAAAGAAACUUUUAUCAAUACCCGGUCAAGAGCCAGGAUUAAGGGUAACUUAUGCUGGCCUAUACGUUGUAUUAUCGUUGGAUAAACUUGGAGUGGUAAUAAAAUGGGAUGGAUUGCAAAUUUUACAUAUUGAGGUACAACAAAACAUGUGGAAUAGAACCCAAGGACUUUGUGGAAACAUUGAUGGAACAACACUUGAUGAUUUUAUUGAAAAGGACGGACAUCAUGCUCAUCAAAUAUCUACUUUUGCUUCCAGCUGGAAGGUUGAUAAUUUAGAAUACCCUUGUGAUGAUUUAGUCAAUGACCAACAUAUUUGUAGUGGAGAAAUGGAAAGGGAGGCCGAACUUUUUUGUAAGAACAUCUUAUCCGAUAUUAGAUUUGCGGCUUGUACUAAGUCUGUUAAUAUAAUUUCACUAUUGGAUUCUUGUAAAUGGGACUAUUGUGCAUGUAAAGAAACUGAUAGAACCUUAUGCAUCUGUGAAACAUUGGAAGUAUAUGUAAAAGAAUGCACCCAUAAGGGUAUUAAAGAUUUGGCCACCUGGAGAGAUGAAAAACUUUGCCCCAUGAAAUGUUCUAAUGGAAAAACUUACAUGUCGUGUGGUCCUAAAAAUGGACAGCAAAUGUGCGGUGACGUCUCGUCAUUAGUUGAUGAGGAGGAUUCUUGUGUCGAAGGUUGCUAUUGUCCUGAAGGCACGGUCCUUCACGAUAAUAAAUGUAUCUUAAAAGAUCAGUGUCCUUGUACGUAUAGAGGUAAAAGUUUCCCACCAGGAGCAUCGAUUUCGAAAAAAUGCAAUACUUGCUCUUGCGUUAGUGGUAAAUGGGAAUGUACACAGGUUGCUUGUGGAGCACGUUGCGCAGCAAUCGGAGAUCCUCACUAUGAGACCUUCGAUGGGAAAAAAUAUGAUUUUAUGGGGCAGUGCACUUACUAUCUUGUCAAAGCUGAUGACUUUUCAAUUGAAGCUGAAAAUGUGGCUUGUGCUGGUUCUAUUUCUCAAGCGAUGAAUUUUCCAGCUAGUGUCUCAUCAGGAUUACCUAGCUGUACAAAAACAGUUACGUUGAGAUAUAAUGGACAAGUAAUUAAACUGAAACAAAACCACGAUGUCGUCGUAAAUGGACUCGAUGUUAACAAGAUCCCGUACAACGUUUCAGGAGUCUAUAUUCGUGCUGUCUCUUCAAUAUUUUUACAGGUUGAUGUACCCAAUGGCGUGAAAAUUCUUUGGGACGGCGUCACUAGAGCUUACAUCGACAUGCCGGCAUCCUUUAGAGGUAAAACCAGGGGACUUUGCGGCACAUUUAAUGAUAAUCAAAAAGACGACUUCGUAACACCGGAAAACGACAUUGAAGAAACCGUUAUACCUUUCGCUAAUAAGUGGAAAACCAACGAGAAAUGCAAUGAUGUGCCUGAAGUUAUUUCAACACAUCCAUGUUAUGUUAACUUGCAUAAUAAAGCGACUGCUGAGAAGUAUUGUUCUAAGAUCAAGGGAGAUUUGUUCAAGGAUUGUCACUGGUUCGUGGAUCCAGAGCAAGCAUACAAGGACUGUCUCUAUGACAUGUGCUCCUGUGAACUGCAAAUGUCGAAGUGUUUAUGCCCUACGAUUUCGGCAUAUGCAGCUGAGUGUGCCAGGCAAGGAGUGAAAAUUGAUUGGAGAAAUGAAAUAAGGGAAUGCGGCAUACAUUGCCCCGGUGGUCAAAAAUACCAAAUAUGUGGCAACUCCUGCUCGCGCACUUGCAGUGAUUUAACUUUACGGCCUGACUGUAAGCCGGAAUGUGUCGAGGGAUGUAAUUGUCCAGAAGGGCAGGCUCUCGAUGGCAACGGUGAAUGUAUUCCGAUCGGCCAAUGUCCUUGCCAACAAGAGGGACUAGAAUUCCAAGCGGGAUAUAAAGAAGUCCGUCCUGGAACCCACGGUUUGGAAUUAUGUACCUGCUUAAAUGCUAAUUGGAAUUGCAGACUAGCCACCCAAAAAGAUAUCUUAGCGUUCCCCCGAGCUAACGACCUGAAAGCAAAAUGUGAUAACUCACGAAAUUUCGAGUUUACCACUUGCGAAGACGUAGAACCGGUGACUUGCAAAAAUAUGCACACUGAUGAGCACUUUUCUCCUUCAGUUUGUCAUGCUGGUUGUAAAUGUAAAGAUGGAUAUGUUCUUGAUUCGAAAAAUAAAAGAUGCGUUAAGCCCAAUGAAUGUCCCUGUCAUCAUGGAGGGAAGAGUUAUAAAGAAAAAUCUAUUGUUCAAAGCGAUUGUAACACGUGCACCUGUAAAAACGGCAAAUGGAAAUGCACAGAUCGUCAAUGCACAGCAGAGUGCUCGACGUGGGGCGAUUCGCACUAUAAAACCUUUGAUGGAAAGCAUUUUGACUAUCAAGGUCAAUGCACUUUUGUAUUGGCAAAAGGUGUGCUUGGUAGUGAUAGUUUCGAUGUUACAAUCGAAAGUAUUCCUUGUGGAUCAUUGGGUACCAGUUGCUCUAAGUCUGUAACCGUACGGGUGUCAGCUGGAGAAGAUACAGAAAAAAUUACUUUAACCAGGGAUAAACCUACACCUAGAUUAAUAAAUAAAAAACAUAUCACUUUAAGGGAAAAAGGGAUUUUUGUUAUUCUGGAAGCUCCCGAUUUAGGUCUAGUGGUUCAUUGGGAUAAAGGAACUAGAGUUUACGUAAAGAUAGAUCCCCGAUGGAAAAACAAAAUUAAAGGUUUAUGCGGAAAUUACAACGAUAAUGAAGCCGACGAUUUCCAAACUCCUUCAGGUGGUAUGACCGAAGCCUCUGCUAAAAUUUUUGGAGACUCUUGGAGAUUGCAAGAUUAUUGUUCUGAAGCACUCGACAUAGAAGAUACAUGUGCCGAAAAGCCAGAAAGAAAAGUAUGGGCUUUAAAAAAAUGCGGCGUUUUAAAAAGUAAACUGUUUGCGCCGUGUCAUUCUGAGGUUCCAUUGGAUAGUUAUUUUGAUAGAUGCGUUUUUGACGCUUGUUCUUGUGACCAAGGAGACGACUGUCAUUGCUUAUGUACCGCAUUGGCAUCUUAUGCACAAGAAUGCAACAAUAAGGGGGCUCCAGUACGUUGGCGAAGUCAGCAAUUAUGUCCGAUACAGUGCGACCAACGGUGUUCGGAAUAUAGCUCUUGCAUCAGUACGUGUCCACUUGAAACUUGCGAUAACCUCCUGACUAACAGCAAACUAAGUAAAGUGUGUAGCGAGGACAGUUGUAUAGAAGGCUGCAGCCCAAAGCCUUGUCCCCCAGACUACGUUUACCUUAACGAAUCUUAUACAGAUUGCGUGCCCAGAAAUAUUUGUAAACCUGUUUGCAUGGAAAUAGAUGGCGAAACUUUUUACGAAGGCGAUCUGGUGGAAGAAGAUGACUGUCAUAGUUGUUAUUGUUCGAGAGGAACAAAAGUCUGCAAGGGUCAACCUUGUACAACCCCAGCAACAACUGUUUUACCUACGAUUCCUGAUGAGCAGAAAUUACAGUGUAUUAAUGGAUGGACAAAUUGGAUUAAUCAGUUUACGGCAUCAAACAAUAAGCGAAAUCUUUUGGAAAAGGAACCUCUGCCUCUAUCGAUCAUACUAAACGACUUUUCGCCGGAUUACGGAAGAUGCCCAAUUGAAAAAAUGGUUUCUAUUGAAUGUCUUACUGUAGAUGGACGCAAUCCUAAAGAGUUAGGCUUAGAUGUUGAAUGCAGUCUUGAAAGAGGCCUAAUUUGCAAAUCUUCAAAUGAAAACGAACCUUGUCCCGAUUUUAAAAUUAGAGUUUUAUGCGAGUGCGAAAAACUCACAACGGUUAAACCGGCCGUGAUAACUCAGGCUCCAUUAUGUGAUAUAAGCAGACCGAACCAGGAGCAUCAAACUGAUUGCCAUAAAUUUUUACAGUGUGUACAAACCUAUGGAGGGAUUAAGCUGGUUGAAAAGAGUUGUGGUCCAGAUUUGUUGUACAAUCCCGAAUCUAUGAUGUGCGAUUGGAAGGACAGCGUACUUAAAAUCAAACCAACGUGCCAACUUUUAACCGAAGUAACCACUGACGCUGGUCCAGAAUGUCCACCAGGCUUGGUUAAAGAUGAGUGUGCAAUCGAAUGUGAUAAAUUGUGUGGUUAUUAUUUGUUUACUAUUAAAGAACAAGGUUUAUGUCACGAAGGAACGAGGUGCGAAGCUGGAUGUGUCGCCAAUCAAAAAACCGCUUGUCCAAAAGGGCAUUUAUGGCUAAACGAAAACAGUUGCGUACCAAAGCACGAUUGCCUCUGUCUGAGUAACGAAAAUAAACCAGUCAAACCAGGUCCUAUAGUUCAGGAAGAGCCUUGUAAAGAAUGUCAAUGCAUCGACAACUACUACACUUGCCACCAGAGCGAUAGUUGUAAAGAGAACGUCGUACUUGUAACUUCCACCAGCGAGGCCACUUCCAGUGUAACAGUUGAGACUACUACACCUCAAUACUUUGAACCAUCGGUUUCUCCUCCUCCUGAAUGUACGGAAGACAGGAUGAUAAGCCUUAUUCAAAACGACCAGCCGCUGCCUGAUUCUGCUUUCAGCGCAAGCAGCACGUUAAGUGAGUCCUUUUCUCCGAAAAAUGCCCGACUGGAUAGUAAGAUAACGGAAAAGUCAGGUGGAAGCUGGAGCCCCCAAUAUGCUAGUCAAGAUGAAUACCUCGAAGUGGACUUUGGCCAACAGGAACCAGUAUACGGCGUUAUUAUAAGAGGGAGUCCUUUAUAUGAUGAAUAUGUUACAAGUUACAUGAUUCAAUACAGCCCGGAUGAUGGGACUAGCUUUUAUUACGUGUUAAAUCAAGAAAAUCCUCCUAGACCGCAAAUAUUCCGAGGCUCGAUCGAUGCCACAACCCCAGUAAAGGAAAUCUUCUCGAAACCUUUUGAGGCCAAACGUAUUCGAAUUAGGCCUCAAACUUGGCACACUGGAAUAUCUUUACGAAUGGAAAUAAUUGGGUGCUCUCAUGAUAUGCCUACAACCACGAUUUCUUAUACCAAGAUGCUAACUACCCUGAAGCCAGUUCAACAGUUAUUGUGCGAUGAUGAGAUGGGCAUUAGAAAUGGUUCUUUGGUAACUCAACAAAUCAGUGUCAGCUCUGAAAAAUCUUCGGAUUUUGGACGAGGACAAAUAAGGUUAAAUAGUGACUCAGCUUGGCAACCAUUGACCGAUUCGACCACAGAGUGGGUGGAAGUUGACUUUCUAGAAAGUCGGGAUAUAACUGGAAUAGUCACUAAAGGUGGACCGGAUGGCUGGGUUACGGCAUACUCAAUUAAAUAUUCACAAAACGGAGUGGAUUGGAAUCCAAUUGUCGAAGAAAAGUCUCAUAAUGAACAAGUGUUUUUAGGAAAUUUCGAUAGUAAUUCGCCGGAGGUUAGAAACUUUAUUAGACCAAUUAAUGCCAGAUAUUUAAAACUUAUCCCAAUAAAAUGGCAAAACACAAUUCAAUUGAGACUCGAAAUUCAUGGCUGCUUCAAACCUUACCCAACAUUAAUUAUACCAGUAACCACUGAGGAAUCCAGAAUGAUAAUACCUUGCAACAAUUGUCCAGGUGUAGAAGUCGUUAAUAUGGAACUAGAUACAUGCAGAUGCUUAGUUGAUCAAUGGUUUGAUGGCACAAAAUGCGUAAACAGAACCCAAUGCCCCUGCAUGGUGGGCCACAUAGCUUAUGAAGUGGGUUCAGUUUUUGAAAAAGAAGAUUGCUCCGAGUGUAUUUGCAAGCUUGGUGGUGUCUCACAUUGCAAUCCCAAACACUGCGUUGCUUGUAAAGAAGGCUUAAGAAGUGUAGUCACCAGUACAUGUCAGUGCACCUGCCAACCAUGUCCUGAAGGUACCAUUCUCUGUCCAACGAGCGGCAUAUGUAUAAACUCUACUUUGUGGUGCAAUGGCAUACAAGACUGUCCAGAUGAUGAAGUUAAUUGUCAAACUACAUCAACAACAACUGAAAUAUUAACUACAACAGAAAAAGAAGUUUGCCCCGAAGUAAAAUGUCAACCUGGAUAUAAAGUUGUUCAGGAAACUGAUGUGGAACAGAUAGCCACUAAUACCUAUCUAUCACCGUUACUGAGCCAAAAUGGACUUAAGAAGAAAACCCAGUCAACUUAUAGCUGGCGAAAAUUCGUUGCUAAGUCAGAUGUAAAAUCCCACAACUCGAAGAAACAGCUUCUGUCAAAGCCUUUGGUACCUGUCAAAGAAGAACUAAUUUGCCCAGUCUACAAAUGCGUCAUUAACAAACCGCCAACUUCCUAUAAUCACACGACUGAGGAGUGUCCUAAAAUCAAUUGUCCCCCUGGAUUUAUUCCCGUUUUAGAUGGCAAUAAUGAUUAUAAUUCAAAAUUGUGCCCUGUGGCUUCCUGCUAUCCUCAACCAUUACCGGAUGCAAUCUGCAACAUAACUGGUCGAACUUUCAACACGUUUGACGAUACAGAGUUUAAAUAUGAUAUAUGCAAUCAUGUUAUAGCGAGAGACUUGCAAAGCUCAGAAUGGCAAGUGUCUUUAAAAAAGAACUGCAGUAAGGAAUGUUCAAGAGACUUAGUUAUAGUCCACAAUAACCAUGAUAUUAUCAUUCGAAGUGAUAUGAGCAUUAGGUUUAAUGAUUAUGAAUAUACAGCUGAGCAAAUAAAAAAUCUGGGCGCAGCCAACACGGGAUUCUCUAUAGUGCAGUUAGGAAAUACUUUGAUGUUUACUUCAAGCAGAUAUGGCUUUUGGAUUAUAUGGAAUAAACUGGCAAAUGUAAAGUUUGGAGUGUCGCAAAAACUCAGUAAUAAAGUCGAUGGUUUAUGUGGCUUCUUCGAUAAUAUUUCUGAAGAUGACAAACGAAAACCUGAUGGAACUUUGGCGAGGACCACGGCAGAUUUUGGAGACAGUUGGGCGUUAGACAAAGAGCAACCGGCAUGGUGCGAGGCGAAGGCUUGUCCAAUUCAUAUCCAAAAUCAAGCAUGGGAAAUGUGUAAUAAAGUAAAAGAACAACCGCUGAGUCAGUGUGCUACAUCCAUAGAUAUAGAAGCCUUUGUAUCCAGAUGCCUCGAUUCUACUUGCUCCUGUUUAGAAAGAGCGGAGAAAAACCACACUGCUUCUGAAGAAUGUAGAUGUAAUGCCAUGCAGUCGUUUGUCGUAGACUGUCUGUCUGCUGACUCCUCUAUUGACUUAUCUGAUUGGAGAAUGCAGCAGGACUGUCCUGCAACUUGUGAAUCUCCUCUGGUAUACAACGACUGUUUCCAAAGGAAAUGCGAACCCACAUGCGAAUCAAUCGCAGACCCUUACGUUUGUCCUAAAGUUUCCAAAAUGUGCUUCCCUGGUUGUUACUGUCCUCCAGGUUUUGUGAGAAAGGACGAUAGCUGCAUUAAACCGUCGAGCUGUAGAGACUGUGAAUGUAACGUUUUACCACACCUGCAAUAUAUCACUUAUGAUGAAAGUAAUUUUACGGUUAACGGUAAUUGCGUUUAUGUUAUGUCUAGAGAUGCUCUUAUGGAUAAAGAGGAUACUCACAAAUGGCAGGUGCUCAUAACAAACCAUCCAUGCAAAAACAAGCCGGAAAAGAUGUGCGUCGGUAAAAUAACGAUUCUCUACCAAGGCCAUAAGGUGCAUAUUCUGGUAGAUCAUUUCAGAAACCGGCUAAAAUUGAUUGUGGAUAGUGAAAGAGUUGCUGAUUUUGAAGAAAUCGAUGACUGGGCCCAAGUUAAAGAAACCCGUGCGAAACAUAUGAAGUUUUUGCUGACAGAUGUUCAAGUAGAGGUGUCAGUAUAUUACCCUUCUUUGGGUGUAUCGGUCAAAGCUCCUUCGCACAAAUACGGUGGAAAAUUGGAAGGUUUAUGUGGAAAUUGCAAUAAAAACCCUGAUGAUGACAUGGUUUAUGGUCCGUUCGAUGGAAAACCUGGAGGUAAACCUAAAGAUGUUGGAGACUUUGCUUUAAGUUGGCUCUACGAGAAUCUACCAGGCGGCCAGACCAGGGAAGGAUGUGAGAAUUUACCGGAAGAAACCUGCGCUAAAGUAUUACCAGAAAAUGACCCUUGUAUGCAGUUGUUGGACUUGAAUAAAUUUGGACAGUGCCUAAACGUUAUGGAUCCCUCUAUAUUUAUCGACUGGUGUAAAAAGGAUACUUGCAAUAAUCCCGAAGGUUCUUGCGCAGCAGUGGAGGCGUUCGCACGUGACUGCGCAGCAGCAGGCUUUUGCGUCAACUGGAGGAAUGAAUACUGUCCUGCGCAGACCUGCGGAACUGAUCAGCAUUACGAACCUUGUGCCCAACAAAGACAGACUACAUGUGAAGAUAUUAAGGACAAAAAAAUAUUGAAGGGCUCUGGCCUGAUGGAAGGUUGUUAUUGCGAAGUGGGAAAGGUUCUUCUAAACGAUACCUGUAUCCUACCCAAAGAUUGUGAGAUUUGUGACGACGAAGGGCAUCAUCCAGGCGAUGUGUGGAAAAAGAAUAAAUGCACUACUUGCAGAUGUGAGGGUUUAAAUGUGAAAUGCGACACCCAGUAUUGUCCUGGAAAAGAGACUAUAUGCGAGAGAGGAUAUACUGCAAUACAGGUGCCAACUCAAGAAGAUACUUGCUGUGAAAAAUACGCUUGUGUACCGGAACCUACGGCCGGACCAACCUGUGAGCCUCCACAAAAACUGAUUUGCGCCAAUGAUCAAGUUUUAAAACUAGACACCAAGCCUAACGGAUGCCAAACAUUUAUAUGCGAAUGUAAACCUAAGGAAGAAUGUUUAAAAAUUGAAAUUCAGAAAGUAGAAGCCUUGGAACCCGGGAUGGAGAAAAUUAUUGACGAAAAUGGAUGUUGUCCAUUGGUUAAACUGGUUUGCAAUAAAGACAAUUGUCCCCGACCUACAGAAUGUCCCCAAUAUUACGUGUCAGAAAAAGAAGAAUAUCCAGGCCAGUGUUGUCCUACUUACACCUGUAAACCACCCAAGGAGAAAUGCAUUUUUGAGACAUCGUAUGGAGCCGCAGAAAAUGGUGGAGAAAGACUUUUGACAAAAUAUGAAAAACAGACAACCCUUAAGAAUGGAAAUGAAACAUGGCAGGAUGGUCCAUGCAGAGACUGUAAAUGUAUCCUUACAAGUGGAGGAACCUAUCAGGCAGCAUGUUCGGAAACCGAAUGUCCACUGAUCGAAGAUCACAGUGAUUUUGAGGACUACGAGUUAAAACUGGUUCCUGUACCGAAACAAUGUUGUCCAAAAAUAGAGAGAUCUGCUUGCAAAUUUGGCGACACAAUUUAUGAGGUGGGAACAGAAUGGCAAAAAGAUGAAGACUAUUGUACGACGUAUAAAUGCAUCGAGGCCGGUAACGUGAAGCUGGAAACAUCUAUACAAAAGUGUGAAGAAAAGGAUUGUAAACCUGGCUACAAAUACGCAGAACCUAACAAAGACUCUAAAGAAUGUUGCGGCAAAUGCGUUCAAGUAGCCUGCAUAAUCGACGACGUUGUACGUAAUGUGGGUGAAGAAUGGACUUCUGCAGAUCAUUGCACCAAUUACUUCUGCGUCAACUUAAACGGAUCAUUGCAAGUUGAAGCUGUCAAGGUUAAUUGCCCUGUAAUUUCCGAAGAUGACUUAAAAGAUUUCGCGUUUGAAUCCCACCCAGUUGAGGGGCAGUGUUGCAAAGAAUAUAAACCCAUUGCUUGCAAGGUGAAGGAUAAAGUCUAUGAAAUUGGAGAAACAUGGCCAUCCCCGGACGGUGACAAAUGCAAAACUGUAACCUGCAAAAAACAUUCCGAAAGUAAUCAGUUAAGCAAGGAGGUGUCCACGCAAACUUGUACCAAAAAUUGUUCAAAGGGGUGGGAGUAUAUAGAAUCAACUACAGAGUGCUGCGGUAAAUGCGUGCAAACAUCUUGUAUUUUAAGUGACAGCGAGUUGAAAAAACCAAAUGAAACAUGGAUGUCCGAAGAUGGUUGUAAGACUUAUAGUUGCAGUGAUGCAGGUGAUCAGUUGGUUGUUACCAGCACAACGGAAGGAUGCCCGUACAUAGGAAAAUGCCCCAAAGAGAAUAUUUACAAAAAAGGCUGUUGCUACUACUGUAAUGCCACCGUGGAGAAAAUGACAUUAUGCAGUCCUCAGCCAAUCCAAAAAGCAAAGACUGUAGGCAUGAUCGUCGCAAAUCAUCAAAAUAAUGGAAAAUGUGUGAAUAAACAACCUAUAAGGGACUUUACUGAAUGUAUCGGAACUUGCCAUUCGUCAACGUUCUUCAGCACCAUAUCCGGUCUACAUGAAUCAAUUUGUUCGUGUUGUCAAGCUGUGGAGUAUCAACCGCUAGAAGUCGAACUGACCUGCGAAGAUGGUUUUACGUGGAUCAAAAAAGUGGCUGUACCGGCAAAAUGUGAAUGUGUCCCCUGCGGUGGUGGUUCUCUGGAAUACCCAACGAAAGAGCCCAGGAUAAUGUAGCGCCAAAGACAAAUAGUGAUGUAUUAGUUUAUCUAUAUUAAUAUAUAUAAUAUGAUAGUUCUUUUGAAUCAAUUUUAAAAAAUCCUGCAGGUAUUUUCUGAAUUGUAUGUACCUUACAAUAAGGUCGUUAAGGUUUAAAUAAAAUGCUUUGUCAUUUUUAA